UUUUCCUGUACCGACCAACUAAAAAUAUCGCAUACGCACGGAGAAAGAACUUACUCCGUCCUCUCCGAUGGCGUUCUCUGCGAUUACAACCCGUUGCCCCUUUUUUCUUCCUCUAACCCAAAACCCCCCGUCAAGCUCUUCACCUCAAAAUUCAGUUUCUUUCCGACAUUCCCCAUUAAAAGUAAACGGUCGAAAACCUAUUUCAAUUCGAGCAGUUUCGGUCUCAGCUGCACCAGCAUCUGAGGGCGUCACACCAGCAAUUUUGCUUACAGAUAAUGCGUUGAAGCACUUGAAUAAGAUGAGGCUUGAGCGUACUGAAGAUUUGUGCUUGAGAAUUGGUGUCAAGCAGGGUGGAUGCUCUGGCAUGUCUUAUACAAUGGAGUUUGAAAAUAUAUCAAAUACACGAUCAGACGAUUCGAUCAUCGAAUAUAAUGGUUUUGUGAUUGUUUGUGAUCCAAAGAGCCUUCUUUUCUUAUUCGGGAUGCAGUUGGACUAUAGUGAUGCUCUAAUUGGUGGAGGCUUCUCCUUCAAGAACCCAAAUGCUACACAAACAUGCGGUUGUGGUAAAUCCUUUGCAGCUGAGAUGUGAAACUAUGUGUAAAACAACUGAAAUGAGAGUAAAUAGAUUACACCAUGACUGUAAAAUUGGCAAUCAACUUUCUACAAUGGAUGAAAUAGCCUGUAAUGAAUAAUAAUAGCUUUUGUUUUUGUUCUCUC